AUGUCUCCGUCUCUCCGCGACCAACUCCUGCAAACGGCUCACGCCUACCUCGACGCUCACAACAACCGGGAUUUGGAAAAAAUCCUAGCCUUGUGUGCACCCACAUGUGUUCACCGCGCCGGACCACCUACUGUCAAGAGUCCUGACCGCAACAAUGAUGAAUACGCCACCUUCAACGUGGAAGUCUUCAAGAUCUUGCACACGUACCUGGCUACGAUCACAGAUGCCGUAGUCGACGACGUUAGCAAGAAGGUCGCGUUGUCUGUGGAUGCAAAGGCGACCGCUGAUGCGGGAGAAUAUGAGAAUGAGUAUGUCAUAUUGCUGAAGAUGACGGAGGAUGGGAAGCAGGUGGUGGAGCAGUAUGAUUUUGUGGAUAGUCAGAGGAUGAUUGAGUGGAUGGGGAAAUUGGGGGUAUGGUCAAAGGAGAUGUGGGAGAAGAAGUAGAGGAUAGAAGAGCCUGAUUUCAAGAUUGAC